AUGGAGCCUCCCGCCGAGUAUGCUCGUCUACGGGCUACUGAUCCGGUGUCGAGGGUUGAGCUCUUUGACGGGAGUCUCGCUUGGCUAGUAACCAAGUACAAAGAUGUGACCUUAGUUGCCACGGAUAAUAGGCUGUCCAAGGUUAGGACUCGUCCAGGUUUCCCAGAGCUGAGCGCUGGUGGCAAAGAGGCGGCAAAGGCCAAACCGACUUUUGUCGACAUGGAUCCCCCCGAGCACAUGAAAUAUAGGCAUGUUAAACGUCCAGUGCACAAUUUCCACUGUCUAAUACCCUCUUAUAGGAGCAUGGUGAACUACUUCUUCACCCCUGAGUAUAUCAAGUCGUUGCAGCCAUAUAUCCAGAAGACGGUGGAUGACCUCCUCGAUGCGCUCAAAGCCAAAGGGUGUGCCUCUGGGCCCGUUGACUUGGUCAAGGAAUUCGCACUUCCAGUGCCAUCAUUUAUCAUCUACAGUAUUCUUGGAGUCCCGUUUGAAGACCUUCAGUUUCUCACGGAACAAAAUGCUAUCCGAACCAAUGGCAGUGCAUCCGCGAGAGAGGCAUCGGCCGCUAGCAAGUAUGAGCCAUUGGACACGGGACUUCUCGAGUAUCUCGAAGAGCUGGUCGAUCUGCGGACUGCGGCCCCGAAGGACGACCUCAUCAGCAAGCUGGUAGUGGAGCAAAUGAUUCCCGGACACAUCUCCAAGGCCGAUGUUGUUCAGAAUGCGUUCCUGCUUCUCGUUGCAGGGAAUGCGACCAUGGUGAACAUGAUAGCGCUCGGCGUCGUGACACUUUUCCAGCACCCGGCUCAACUCGCCGAGCUGAAGGCCGAUCCAUCACUCGCACCUGCAUUUGUGGAAGAGCUGUGUCGCUAUCACACUGCCUCUGCCAUGGCCAUUAAGCGCACAGCUAUAACGGACAUUGAGAUCGGGGGAAAGGUACUCAUAAAGGCGGGCGAAGGCGUCAUCGCGUCGAACCAAUCAGCCAAUCGAGACGAAGAGAUAUUUACACGCCCGGACGAGUUCGAUAUGCACCGGAAGUGGCCGAGCCAAGAUCCGCUCGGUUUUGGCUUCGGCGAGCAUCGAUGCAUCGCAGAGGGUCUGGCCAAGGCGGAGCUGACGACCGUGUUCUGUAAGUUUUCCUUCCCAGAAGAACCAAUCGCCAAGAGAAUAUGGCAUGGAGGGGUGCUAACAAGUUUACUACUACCAGCGACUCUGUUCCAGCAGCUGCCAAAUCUCAAGCUUGCCGUGCCCAUUUCUGACAUCAAGUAUACACCUCUACACAAGGACGUUGGCAUCCAAGAAUUACCUGUUACAUUUUAA